AUGGAGAAGAUAUAUACCUACACCACGAGGCAACCACGGAGGGGAGAGGAGGAUAUGCCAACGUUGCCUGAAGCUUUGAAUAAGAGGCUAACCGGAAGUAGCAAUGACGUGAGACAGAUGUCAAUAGGUGCGAUCGCUCUGUUACGGCAUGACGAAAGCAAGCUAUACCAGCAAGCCAAACAUCUCGUGAAAACAAACAGACCACUCGCACGGGAAAUUUUCACCACGAAUAUCGGAGGAUGGACACCGCUUCACGCAUGCACACAGAAAGGUUCAAAGAAGCUUGUGAAAGUGAUGUUAAGUGCUGGUCUGGACGUGAACUUUCCCAUGGGAAAACCAGAGGGACUCCCUGGGAAAUGUACACUUCUACACAUAGCUGCGAACUCAGGGCAUGUGAAAAUCAUGGAUUAUCUGAUCGGCCGUGGAGCUGAUGUCAAUGCGAAAGAUUCCUAUGGAAGGACGCCAUUGUUUUAUGCCAACAGGGCGUCCAAACGGGAGGCAAUCAAGCUCCUUCUUGAGAAAAAUGCUGAAAUUUUGGAGCCACACGGGAACAAGCUGAUGAAUGAGCCUAACCAGGCCAUUAGUGAGGCCAGCACCGAGCAAGAAUCAGAGAGACCAACUCUUGACCGAGUCGGGACCAGAGACGUGAACUCAGAUCAGGCCUUCGUCGCUCCAGCAGGACUCAGCGCAGAUAAGGGCGUGGCCAGGGUCUAA